UGCAAACGAGAGGUGCGGUUCUGGCUGCAGGACGGCUCCAACUUGUAUUGUAGUACAUACUGUCGUCGUGCUUCCUCCUCUCCACUAGCGGUUGUCAGGGUGUGUUUGUGGUGAGAGAUCCCAAGUGCCAGCUGCUUCGAAACUUGCCAAACCCCGGCCGACCCUCUUGCUAAAAACUUGUGUAACGCUGCCCACUACGCUGACUAAAGAUGUCGUUUGCCAGAAAGUUCAUUGGUGGCCUUAUCAAUGUUAUCGGGAACAUCGACCCAGCCCAGUUCAUUCCCUCCGAACCUCCUGCACCUCGCAGACCUCUUGCAUAUGCAGAGCAGCAUGAGAGUGAUGAAGAGAAACAGUUCCGCAGAGUCUUCCAGCAGCUCGCCGGAGAUGACAUGGAAGUGAGUCCCACUGAACUCAUGAACAUCCUCAACAAAAUCAUUGGAAAACAUGGAGAUCUGAAGACGGAUGGUUUCACGAUUGAGUCUUGCAGAAGCAUGGUGGCAGUCAUGGAUAGUGACAGCACUGGAAAACUUGGCUUCCAUGAAUUCAAAUACCUCUGGAAUAACAUAAAGAAAUGGCAGGCAAUGUACAAGUCCUAUGAUUCAGAUGGCUCUGGUGUUAUCGGGGCUGCUGAAUUGCCCAAUGCCUUCAGAGCUGCAGGCUUUCCUCUGAGUGAGCAGCUUUUCCAGAUGAUCAUUCGCAGGUAUAGCGACGAAAGUGGCAACAUGGAUUUCGACAACUACAUUGGCUGUCUCGUCAGGCUGGAUGCUAUGUGCCGUGCCUUUAAAACGCUGGAUAAGGACAACAGUGGGAAGAUCAAAGUCAAUGUUCAGGAGUGGCUUCAAUUGACCAUGUAUUCUUGAGCCCAAAAGGAUAUUCCUACUUGGAGGCACUUUGUUAGAGAUGUUCUAUAUAUAUAUAUAUUUUUUUUCCACCUUCCAACAACUUCCUAUUUUAUUCAUCCACCUCACUGUCUGCAAAUGUUAUUUUCAAAGCAAUGCUUGAUCACAAGGCAGUUAUAGAAUUGUUGACUGUGCCAUGUUAAUUGUAAGGCAGAAAUGAUGCCAUUAUCCAUCCAUGGAAGCACAAAGAUUCACUGAUGAUGUUCACACCGCUGAAGAGAAAGCAGUUAGCCAGCGUGAUUGAUUGCACGCCGAGCUUAGGUCAUUAGGUUUGCUGCUUGACAUUUGCUUUUGAACUGCACUUAAUUCAAAAUGAAAAUGUGAAGAGGUGAGUCCAAAUCAUAGACCGCAGAAAAUGUGAAACAGUUGGGCUGAAUCAACUACAUUUCAGUUGCCAAAAAACAUUUCGCCUUAAAUUUGUGAAAGUCAUCAUAAACCUUAGAAGGUCAGCCGCUUAGCCAAACAAUAAGAGUUAAAUUGCCACAAAGGUGUCUUUUUUUUGUAGUUUUGCAUUCAAUUAAAUAAAGUGCUUACAGUCUAGCCUGCAAAUGCUGGCUUCAAUAAAACGCUACGUCAUCAAAUAUGAAUUAUAUGUCACACAAUGAAAAUCUUAAGUGUAAUAUCUCUUAUCUUCUCCUUAUAGCAUGCUUUAACAUACAGAGACAAUGUUUGGUUUGGACAGGCUGACAGCUAUUACCGGUAUGUAAUUUUACAUCAAGUAUUAAGUGUCACGUGCCCACAUUAGUCUUUUUUUACGUUUUCAUUGUUACAACUUAUUCUAUGGAUAUGCCUGAAACAGCAUAGUGUGUGAAUGAAUAAAACCAACAUAGAAAAUGUGUAUGCUACCAACGCAUGCAGCCAAUA